GUCGUCGUCACGACAUUUACUCACUCAAAAACUAAUCCUAAUUGUAAGUGAAACAAGCAUCCAGAGGCCAGGGUAGAAUCCUGGAUUUUAAACUUAAAAUUUAGAAACUGUCAGCUCAGUUGAAUGCUGAUUGGGUUCCUAUUACCUACAUGAACUUGCAUCCUGUGGUUGACUUGGUUGUGCAAUUGUUGGACUGUUGUUUGCCAAACCAAAAAAAUGAUCAGAAAUAUCCUUCUUAAAGAAAGCUACAGUAAACUUUGCUACUUAAACCUUGAGGGCAUUAGGUUCAAGUCUAAACUUAGUGAAAAGGUUCUGGAACAUAUCAGAAACGGUCCUGGACUUGAAAAAUUUGUUUCUGACUCAUUAAACGUCGACAGUACUGAUUGGAGCUAUUACAAAGGAAAACUUAGAAGAGAAAAGGGUGAAGAAGAGCGUCUUAGACUACCUCCAUGGUUAAAAACAGAAAUACCUACUGGAUCCAAUUUUGCACGGCUGAAGGAGGAGUUACGGUCCCUCAACUUGCACACGGUUUGUGAGGAGGCUAGAUGUCCCAACAUCGGAGAGUGUUGGGGUGGGGGAACUCAUGGCACCGCCACCGCCACUAUCAUGCUGAUGGGUGACACCUGUACCCGAGGAUGCAGAUUUUGCUCUGUAAAGACAUCAAGAACCCCCCCUCCCUUGGACCCCCAUGAGCCCCUCAACACUGCCACGGCCAUCGCUAAGUGGGGUCUUGACUACGUGGUGCUCACCUCAGUGGAUAGGGAUGAUUUACCAGAUGGAGGAUCAGCUCAUUUUGCAGAAACUGUGAGAGAAAUCAAAAGACAGAAUGCCAACAUAAUGGUGGAGUGCCUAGUACCAGAUUUCCGUGGUGACGAGACUUGUAUAAAGACCAUCGUAGACUCUGGCCUUGACGUGUUUGCGCACAACGUAGAGACUGUUGAGCAUCUUACUCCUUUUGUCCGAGACCGGAGAGCAAACUACCGACAGACUAUGAAAGUUCUGAAGACAGCUAAGGACUGCAACCCAGACCUGGUGACUAAGUCUUCUAUCAUGCUGGGACUUGGAGAGACGGAUGAUCAAGUCAUGGAGACUCUACAGGAUCUCCGCUCUGCUGGUGUGGACUGUGUCACUUUAGGACAGUACAUGCAGCCUACAAAAAGACAUCUCAAGGUAGUAGAGUAUGUGACCCCAGAGAAGUACAAGCACUGGGAGACUGUGGGUACAGAGAUGGGGUUCCUGUACACAGCCAGUGGACCUCUGGUACGCAGCUCAUACAAGGCUGGGGAGUUCUUCAUCUCCAGCAUACUCAAGAAUCGCAAAGCUUCACAAGGGCUAUGAUUUAGACAUCCACUGUAUAGACAGCUGUUGUAGUCAACGUUACUGUAAAAUAAAAUUGUUAAUUUUGUC